CCGCCCUCCCGGUUAGUCCCAGAGAGUAUCCCGCCCGCCCGGUGGCCGCGGGCAGACGGAAGCCGAACCGGAGCCGCGGCGGCGACAGUAUGGGCGACUCCAAAGUGAAAGUGGCCGUCAGAGUCCGGCCCAUGAACCGGAGAGAAAUUGAUUUGCACACGAAAUGUGUGGUGGAUGUAGAUGCAAACAGGGUUAUUCUCAGUCCUGUAAAUACUAAUCUCGCCAAAGGAGAUGCCCGAAGCCAGCCAAAGGUGUUUGCAUAUGAUCACUGUUUUUGGUCUAUGGAUGAAUCUGUCAAAGAAAAAUAUGCAGGUCAAGAUGAUGUUUUCAAAUGCCUUGGGGAAAAUAUCCUUCAGAAUGCUUUUGAUGGCUAUAAUGCAUGCAUCUUUGCCUACGGACAGACAGGCUCGGGAAAAUCCUACACCAUGAUGGGUACAGCUGAUCAGCCUGGAUUAAUCCCAAGACUUUGUAGUGGACUGUUUGAACGCACUCAGAAAGAGGAAAAUGAAGAGCAGAGCUUUAAAGUGGAAGUGUCCUACAUGGAGAUUUAUAAUGAAAAAGUUAGAGACCUUCUUGAUCCUAAAGGAAGUCGCCAGACACUGAAAGUCAGGGAGCACAAUGUGUUGGGGCCCUAUGUGGAUGGACUUUCAAAAUUGGCUGUCACAAGUUAUAAGGAUAUUGAAUCUUUGAUGUCUGAAGGUAACAAAUCUCGUACUGUUGCUGCAACCAACAUGAAUGAGGAAAGUAGCCGGUCCCAUGCAGUCUUCAAAAUCACCCUCACACAUACUUUAUAUGAUGUAAAGUCUGGGACAUCUGGAGAAAAAGUGGGCAAACUGAGCUUGGUUGACUUGGCUGGCAGUGAGAGAGCCACCAAAACUGGAGCUGCUGGGGACAGGCUGAAGGAGGGGAGCAACAUCAACAAGUCUCUCACCACGCUUGGUCUGGUUAUCUCAGCCCUGGCAGAUCAAAGUGCUGGCAAGAACAAGAACAAAUUUGUUCCAUAUCGUGACUCAGUUCUCACUUGGCUGCUCAAAGACAGUCUUGGGGGUAACAGCAAGACAGCCAUGGUAGCUACUGUGAGUCCAGCAGCUGAUAACUAUGAUGAAACCCUGUCAACUCUGCGGUAUGCAGACCGUGCCAAAAACAUUGUGAAUCAUGCUGUGGUGAAUGAGGAUCCCAAUGCACGGAUUAUCCGAGAUCUGCGGGAAGAAGUAGAAAAACUCCGAGAGCAACUCACCAAGGCAGAGGCAAUGAAAUCUCCAGAGUUAAAAGACCGGCUGGAAGAAUCAGAGAAGCUGAUUCAGGAAAUGACUGUGACCUGGGAGGAGAAAUUAAGGAAAACAGAGGAGAUUGCACAGGAGCGACAAAAGCAGCUUGAGAGUCUUGGAAUAUCCCUUCAGUCUUCAGGCAUCAAAGUUGGGGAUGAUAAAUGCUUUCUUGUCAAUCUGAAUGCUGAUCCUGCUCUGAAUGAACUUCUGGUUUAUUACUUAAAGGAACAUACAUUGAUAGGCUCAGCAAAUUCCCAAGAUAUCCAACUAUGUGGAAUGGGAAUUCUUCCUGAACAUUGUAUUAUAGACAUCACAUCAGAAGGCCAGGUUAUGCUGACUCCUCAGAAGAACACUAGAACUUUUGUAAAUGGCUCUUCUGUAUCCAGUCCUGUACAGCUACACCACGGAGACAGGAUAUUAUGGGGAAAUAACCACUUCUUCCGACUUAACUUGCCUAAAAAGAAAAGGAAAGCAGAUCGAGAAGAUGAGGAACAAGACUCAUCUAUGAAGAAUGAUAACAGUUCUGAGCAGCUGGAUGUAGAUGGGGACUCGUCCAGUGAGGUGUCCAGUGAGAUCAGUUUCAACUAUGAAUAUGCACAGAUGGAAGUCACCAUGAAGGCACUAGGCAAUAAUGAUCCAAUGCAGUCAAUAUUGACCAGUUUAGAACAACAGCAUGAAGAAGAAAAACGGUCUGCAUUAGAGCGCCAGAGGCUCAUGUAUGAACAUGAAUUGGAACAGCUCCGAAGAAGGCUGUCUCCGGAGAAGCAGAACUGCCGCAGUUCAGACAGAUUUUCUUUCCACUCACCCAGCGCACAGCAGCGCUUGAGACAGUGGGCUGAGGAGAGAGAAGCAACACUGAAUAACAGCCUGAUGAGACUGAGGGAACAGAUUGUUAAAGCCAAUCUGUUGGUGAGAGAAGCCAGUUACAUUGCAGAAGAACUGGAUAAAAGAACAGAGUACAAAGUCACCCUCCAGAUUCCGGCUUCAAGCCUGGAUGCCAACUUGAAGCGAGGCUCUCUUCUAAGUGAACCUGCAAUUCAAGUGCGAAGAAAAGGAAAAGGAAAACAGAUUUGGUCACUGGAAAAAUUGGACAACAGGCUGUUGGAUAUGAGAGACCUCUAUCAGGAAUGGAAGGAGUGUGAAGAUGAUACUCCAGUAAUCCGGUCUUACUUCAAACGUGCUGAUCCAUUCUAUGAUGAGCAGGAAAAUCAUAGUCUCAUUGGAGUAGCUAAUGUCUUCCUUGAAUCUCUCUUCUAUGAUGUGAAGUUACAGUAUGCUGUUCCCAUUGUCAACCAGAAAGGAGAGGUGGCGGGUCGGCUUCAUGUAGAGGUAAUGAGAAUCAGUGGUGACAUUGGUGAGAGAAUUGCUGGAGGUGAUGAUGCUGCGGAAGUUUCCUUUGAUAAGGAAAUCCAGGAUAACAAACUUGUAUGCAUGGUUAAAAUACUCCAGGCCACUGGGUUGCCACAGCAUCUUUCCCACUUUGUGUUCUGUAAAUACAACUUCUGGGAUCAACAGAAUCCAGUGACUGUAGCACCGGAAGUAGAUACCUCCUCUUCUCCUGCCAGCAAGGAGCCUCAGUGCAUGGUGGUCUUUGAUCAUUGUAAUGAGUUUUCUGUGAACAUCACUGAAGAUUUCAUUGAGCAUCUGUCAGAAGGUGCAUUGGCAAUUGAAGUUUAUGGUCAUAAGAUUAAUGACCCUCAGAAAAACCCAGCACUGUGGGAUUUGGGAAUUAUUCAGGCCAAAACACGUAGUCUUCGGGACAGGUGGAGUGAAGUCACCAGGAAAUUGGAGUUCUGGGUUCAAAUAUUAGAGCAGAAUGAGAAUGGCGAAUACUGUCCUGUAGAAGUGAUUUCUGCAAAGGAUGUGCCAACAGGAGGGGUUUUCCAGCUCCGGCAGGGGCAGUCCAGGAGAGUUCAAGUGGAGGUAAAGUCUGUGCAGGAGUCUGGGACCUUACCCCUCAUGGAAGAAUGUAUAUUAUCUGUUGGCAUUGGAUGUGUCAAAGUUAGACCCCUCAGGUCCCCCAAGACCCAGGAGAGCUUCCAUGAGGAAGAGGAGGACAUGGACAGCUACCAGGAUCGGGAUUUAGAAAGACUACGUAGAAAAUGGCUCAAUGCGUUAACGAAACGUCAGGAGUACUUAGACCAACAGCUGCAAAAGCUUGUCAGUAAACAUGAUAAGACUGAAGAUGAUGCAGAUCGAGAAGCUCAGCUUCUGGAGAUGAGGUUGACUCUAACUGAGGAGAGAAAUGCAGUCAUGGUCCCCUCUGCUGGCAGUGGGAUUCCAGGGGCCCCAGCAGAAUGGACUCCAGUGCCUGGGAUGGAAACACACAUUCCUGUUAUAUUCCUGGACCUGAAUGCUGAUGACUUCAGCUCUCAGGAUAAUCUUGAUGACCCAGAAGCUGGGGGAUGGGAUGCCACCCUGACCGGGGAGGAAGAGGAUGAGUUCUUUGAGCUCCAGAUUGUGAAAGAGCAUCACGGAGAGGCAAAAGCUGAAGCCUCUUGGGACUCGGCAGUACACAACUGUCCUCAGCUCAGCAGAGGCACGCCUGCGGAUGAACGUGUAUUCCUCAUCGUGCGAGUGUCAGUACAGCUUAGUCAUCCUGCCAACAUGCAGCUGGUAUUGCGCAAAAGGAUUUGUGUCAAUGUUCAUGGCCGGCAGGGUUUUGCUCAAAGUCUGCUAAAAAAGAUGUCUCAUCGAAGUUCUAUUCCUGGCUGUGGAGUGACUUUUGAAAUUGUCUCCAAUAUUCCCGAGGAUGCCCAGGGAGUAGAGGAACGAGAAACAUUAGCAAGGAUGGCAGCUAAUGUUGGAGACACAGCUUCUGCUGAUUCAGAAGCUUACAUUGAAAAGUACCUCCGCAGUGUGCUGGCUGUAGAGAACCUCCUCACUUUAGAUCGACUUCGCCAGGAAGUAGCAGUGAAGGAACAGUUGACAGGAAAAGGGAAGCUGGGUAGGAGGAGCAUUAGCUCUCCGAAUGUGAACAGACUGUCUGGCAGUCGACAAGAUCUUAUUCCAUCCUAUAGUCUAGGCAGCAAUAAGGGUCGUUGGGAAAGUCAACAAGAUGUAUCACAAAUAGUUUCCAGAGGGGUAGCUCCAGUCACCCCUUCUCUUCCUGCUUCACCCCCAAAUAGCCAUUCCCCUAGUCCAGGACUCAGUAGCCUCACAACCUCAUACAUGAAUCCUGUGAAAUCCUUUGUGCCCCAGAUGCCAAAGCUCUUGAAGUCUCUCUUCCCUGUCCGAGAUGAGAAGAGAGGCAAACAGCCUCCUUCCCUUCCGACACACCAGCCAGUGCCCCGAAUCAUGGUGCAGCCUGUCCUCCCAGUUGUCGGAGCCACCAGGACAGCAGAGGCUACUCCAGAGAGCUUGGGGCUAUCUGUGGCCCCAGAGGUGGCCAUUCCUAUGGUGAAGAUUUGUGACCAGCCAGCCAAAGGACCUUCCCUGCAAUCUGUGGCUACCCUCUCACAGGCUGCAGAAGGCCCAGAUGGACCCCCCAGCCCCCUCAGUGAGGCCUCCAGCGGGUAUUUCUCCCACAGCGUUUCCACUGCCACACUGUCUGAUGCCUUGGUUCCUGGCCUGGAUGCUGCAGCCCAGACACCUAGCUCUCCCCCGCCUGCCCUCCGCCUGGCUUCCCCCGAGACGGAGUUCCUGCCUCCCUCAGACAGGGGUUCCACCCUGCCUAUGUCCCCAGAGAAACCAAACCAGGGACCUGGAAGCACUUCCUCAACACUCCCCCAGCCUCCUCCUGGCCCCCAGAGUGAUUCCCCCAACCCACAGAGCCGAGGUGAAGUUUCCUCAGCCACUAGACAGCUGGGGAGAACCAGGGAUCUGGUAAAGCCAGCCACAGGUCUGGAGCCAGAUGGCUCCAAAGCACGCCUGCACCCCGACCUCCCAUCUCUGUCACCUGCUCCAGCGUCUCCAUUCCGAAUCAGGAAGGUGCGAACGUCUGAGCUGAAGUCGUUCUCUCAGAUGCUGGGUGCAGACCCCAGCAGCUCCUCCGCUACCGAUGAGAACCUGCUGGUCCCCAGAGGGCUGGACCAUGGCCGAUCUGGGGGACAGGUCUCAGAGAAGCUGGAAGUUUCCUCAGACUCAGAAGAAGCCAGUGAAGUACCUGAGUGGCUCAAAGAGGGAGAAUAUGUUACUGUAGGAACCAACAAAGUGGGCAUCGUGAGAUAUGUGGGGCCAACUGACUUUCAGGAGGGGACGUGGGUCGGAGUGGAGCUCGACUUACCUUCAGGUAAGAAUGACGGCUCCAUCGGAGGGAAGCAGUACUUCCGCUGCAGUCCCGGCUAUGGACUGCUGGUGCGGCCAGGUCGAGUGCGCAGGGCAACGGGAGCAGCCCGGAGGCGCAGCGCAGGACUCCGGCUGCAGAGCACCCCUGAAAUUCGCAGGAGCAACACCCUAUCUGGCUCGGCCACCAACCUGGCCUCCUUCACAGAGGUCUUAGCCAAGCCUGAGAGCACCAUGGCAUUGAGGGUGGACAGGGGCCAGAGGAACCUGGAGAACCGCAAGUCCUGGGCCAGCUAAGCCAGCACCAGACAUGGUGGCCUCUGGGUUCCUCUCUGGGGGUGGGGUGGAGUGGGGGGUGGCCUGUGGCCCUGGGGAGCUGGACGUCACCUCCACUCUGCCCUGGAGCACAGGGCCAUGAAUGCUGUUUGCACGACAACACAGGACUGGUGCCAGGCCCUUGCAUUUCCUAGAUUCUGGAGGAUCCAUUUCUUUCUCUGCCCAGAAGAUGAAACAGCAUCUCAGCAGGGUGACAGGCAGAAGUUUCUGGAAGCUGAGUGGUCCUGGAUGUGGGGCGAGGCGAGGUCCUUGUCAUUCUCGUGCCCUGUGCCUUCCUCCCUGGGCUACUUGUUGCCCAUUUUCUGCUUCUGAGACUCCACUAACCUCUGAUUUAAAGCAGAAUCAUGACUAGUGCCUUUCCUCCUGUGCCUCAUCAGUGCCUUGCCCACUCUAUGACUGUUCUCACCCUUCCUGCUCCCUGCCCCCCACCCCAUUUUUCCCCCCAGUGACUGUCCCCAAAGUGCCUUCUGGUCCUGCGAACUGAGGGCUGCCAGCCUGGCUCCCACCUUCCUCUUCCACCUUCCCCACAGAGAUUCUUUGCGGGUGCUUUGCCCUUUUGCCUGGAAAGUUACUUCUUUUCACCAUUAAGACUCUUACAGAGUGCUUGGGAGAUAUUUAUUUCUAUUUAUUUUUUUCAAACCCCAAAUGUGAGCCACAAUUGUUCCCUGGGCUCAGGAGCCAAUGGUUCAACCCUGAGGAGGUUAAGGGGAGGGGUGGAUCAUGCCCCUCCUGUGUCCCUUUUGUGCUAAAUCACACAUUGCCUUCUGGGAUGCAGUGGGAGGGAAACUAAAUUUUGCUGUGCUUCUGCAGUCUGAGACUUGGCCAGAGGUUCCAUGACUUAAUUUGGUGCGAUCUUGCUCUCUGGAAGGUUCUUGGACCUCUUGGAUCUCUAGGCAAUUCCUAGACUGGAUGGUAGGUGUAGAGGGUGCCCCUCCCAGUUGUACCCUUCCAUCUUUGAAGACCCACCAGGGCCAACCUGAAGCACUUAGAGCCUUCCCACGUCCUGUGACACCCUGGGUCCAUUUCUGGGUGUGACUUGGGGAACAGGCCCCAAGGUGGGGGGGGGGCAAGAUGGGGAGGGGGUGGCUUGUGAAAACCUGGGGGACUUCUAGGUGGUGACCCAAUGCUGGCCCUCAAUACCACCACAGAGCCUGGGGCCAGCGCUGAGCAAGGGCCCGGACUUCCACUGACUUGGAAGGACUCGCACCGGGGUUGUAACUCUUUGUGUUUUGCUCCUGUAGACCAUUCAGUCCAGGAAACGUCUGUGGGGCCUCUGAGCUUCUGAGCUUGCUGAUCAGGGGGCCACUAGCUAGGGGCGGGGCCAGGAGAGCGCGUCCACGCUGGGCCCCACGCACUAGGUUGCAGUGCAGGCACAGGUGCAUGUUGUAGAAGCGCAGGUGCAGGUGGGGCGCACACGCAGUGCCAGCAUCAUCAGCUUACUGAUGGCACCUGGUCGGGCCCCUGGUGAUUGGCCCUAGUGCUCCCACCACGCCACGUGCUCUCCCAGCUCCACUCUUGACCCCGGGCGCCUCCUGGGCUCCCUCACAACUCCUGUGCCCCAACAGGGUCGAGAUCCCCCUAUUCCCACCCCAGUUCUGACAGCUUCCUCUAGCCUUCACGCAGUUCAGGUAGGUGACUUUUUUCUGUCUGGGUGCUGGACUUGGGGUCUGCUCUUAGCGGCUACCUCCAUGAGGGUUACCCCCCAACCCCAACGGGUCAGCCCAAGGUGGGGUGCAUCCCUUCUGUCCAUUCUAGUGUUGGGAACCACUCCGGGGCGUGACCCACAGCCCUUGUGUCCUUCUCCCCCCCUCCCAGUAUUUCUUCUAGGUUAUUUUAAGGCCUCAGAGACCCCCGCAACCCCAACCCCCUUCCAGGAACUAGUCCAGGUGUGUGGGGGGGAGGGGGAGAAAGCUCCUUGGAGACAAGCUGGGGGAGCUGGAGGACUUGGGGACUGACUGGGUCUAAUGUGUCUGUGGGUGGGGCAUGGGGUCUCCUCGGGUUUGGUGAAGGUGGAACAGUGGGUGGAAGUGCCCACAUUUUCCCCCACGCUGUUGCCCUUUGCUACCUUCCAGACCAGGGAGCCGGAGAGAGAAUUUGAGGACCUGUCAAAGGGACAGACUGGAGCCCUUCUUCUCCUGACCUCACCUCCUGGGGAGUCCCUGCACCUCCCUUCCCAGCACCCAUCCCUGUUGCCCUCAGCCUGGGCUUUGAGUGGGAGCAGCCGCUUGGCUGCUGGGCUCCUCCCUGUGCCCCUGCAGCCCCAGGAGGGCUGUGCUGAGAGGACUUGGCCCCAUGUUCGUCGUUGUGAUGUUGGUGGCCAGCUGUCUUGACAGUCCCAAGGCAGCCUCACGGUUGUGCCCUCAGAGCUGAGCCAGCUGGGGACCCUCAGGGUGCACUGCGGCCUGUAAACGGGUGGGAGCCACUUGGCCCAGCUGGGCGUAGGGUCCUCCGGCUCCACAGAUGUGAGCAAGGCCUCUGUCCUGCAUUCUCACUGAUUCCUGGUGCAGACUUGUGGGCAGGUGUGGGCUUUUGGCUUGGUUUCUAAGGCCAGAGGUUGCUGAAGCCGUGGCCCAGCAGUCCCCAGACACCACAUUUGUGGGGUUGCAGGUGUGGUCUUGGGAGGGUAGCAGGCCAGGAGGAGAUUCGAUUUCAUCUACUUUUGGUCUCGCCUAAUGAGAAGCCUAAUUCCAAGCAAAGCAUCGGUACUGAAAAUUCUGAUGAGGUCUCUCUCUGGAAGGCUCUUCUGGGCUUUAGUUUGGCAACUCGGAGGGGGAGUGUGGGGAGUGGGCUGCAGCGCCACAAGCACCACUAGAAAGGUAGGGACAUGCCAAGUUGGGGGGGACCCUCCUGGGCGUCUGCACACCUCUUGUUCAAGGGGAGGCCGUGCCAGUCUGUUGAGAACACUGUGAUGGCUGCAGGCUGAGCGGUUUAGCGAGAUGGGAGCUGUGAGCAGCCCCUCCCAGGAGCAUUGGAAUGUCUUGCAAGUGCUCCAUCAGCGUCCUGUCCUCCCUCCUCACCGGCUCUUGUGCCUUAACUAUAAAGUCCUGUGUAGGAGACUGACACCAAGUCCAUGUGCAUUUGUUUUCCUGGCUGAGCUCAGCCCUGCCUGCCAGGCUCCCCCUCCCCAGAGGACUGGGCCUGUGCUCCUUCCUGCUUCACUGCCUGCCGUUCCCACUCCACCCUUUUGCUGGGCUGCUGCCACUCGCUGUGUCGGGGUGGGGACAUCUUCCUUGUGUGUGGGGUUCUGUAAAUAUGUGGGUUCGCGCCCUAAAGAAAUGAUCGCUUAGGGGGUGAUAUUGAUUUGUACCACAUGAAAUGGGAAUUCUAAGAAAUCCAAAGACUACAUGUGAACUGUAAAGACUUCACAGUUUGUAAUGUGGAAUGAACUAAUCCGUUGUCAUUUUGUACCAUAACUGCCUUUCCUCUGACCAGCAUCUGAAUAAAAACUAGGUGAUUUCUUGCCUUCGUCUGA